AAGGAGUACCCAUCAAGAAAAAAAGGCAGCCGGCGGUGAGAACCAUCGCAGAAACUUAUCUUCUUCCCCUGACCUUGCAACUUCACCAUUCAACACAGAGAUUUCGAGUUUCUUGGAACACAAUAAACCACCCCGAUAAACCCCUCUUUAUAACCCGAGAAACCCGAUACAGAGCCAGAGAAAUCCCGAGGAGAAAGAGAAGGACGCGAUAAAAACAUGAUGAGAGAGGUGUUCACUGUGAUACUGACGAUUUUCUAUACUCAGAUAUUAACCAUUCAGAAUCAGUACCUUGGGAUAUACGGCAAGAAGUUGAUGGAUUGGGUCUCCGGCAAAGCACACAUCAGAUUCAACGAGUACACCGGAGAAAACCUAAAGAGAAGCGAGGCUUAUGACGCUAUCCAGAACUACCUUAGCGAGAAAGCCGUAGUCGGUGCUAAGAGACUCAAGGCCAAUGAAUCUAGCGGCGGCGGCCAAUCAUUACUCUUCAGCAUAGAUGAUGAUGAGGAAAUCGCCGAUAAUUUCAGUGGCGUGAAGGUCAAAUGGUCAUCAAAGGUAAAAGUGCUUACCGGUAAUCAGCCUUCUUAUAACAACAGCCGUGGAUACAGCGAAGAAAGAAGGUUCUUCACUCUUACAUUCCCCGAGAUUCAUAGAGAAUUCAUUACCAAGACUUAUGUCGAUAGCGUUAUAAAAGAAGGGAAAGAGAUUGGGGUGAAAAACCGGAAGAGGAAGCUCUACACGAACAACUCGAGUCAAGACUGGUUUUCAUGGAGGGAAGGCAAAUGGAGUAGCAUGCCUUUCAAACACCCCGCAACUUUUGACAAAUUGGCAAUGGAUCCAGUGAAGAAACAGGAGUUGAUGGACGAACUCGAGUGGUUCCAAGGAGGAAAAGAUUACUACGAGGGGAUUGGGAAGCCGUGGAAGCGAGGCUAUCUCCUCCACGGUCCACCAGGGACAGGGAAAUCAACCAUGAUUUCAGCCAUGGCUAAUUUUUUGAAGUACGAUGUCUAUGAUCUUGAACUGACCAAUGUGAAGGACAACUCAGAGCUCAAAAGGGUAUUGCUUGACACGAAAAGCAAGUCCUUGAUUGUGAUAGAAGAUAUCGAUUGUUCGCUUGACCUUACGGCCCAGAGAAGCAAGAAGGAGAAGGACGAGGACAAAUCAGAGAAGAAGGAGCUGAAAGAAAGAGAGGAGAAAACAAGCAAAGUUACAUUGUCGGGGUUAUUGAACUCCAUUGAUGGGUUAUGGUCCGCUUGCAGCGACGAAAAGGUCAUAGUGUUCACUACAAAUCAUUUAGACAAGCUUGACCCGACAUUGGUACGUAGAGGAAGAAUGGAUAACCACAUAGAGAUGUCUUAUUGCAGGUUCGAAGCAUUCAAAGUUUUAGCCAAGAAUUACUUGGGGAUCGUUUCCCACUCUCUGUUUGAACAAAUAGAGGGUUUGCUUAAAGAAACCGACAUGUCCCCUGCAGAUGUGGCCGAGUAUUUGAUGCCAAAAUCUAAACACGAAGACAAAGACACUUGCCUUCAACGUCUGGUCUCGGCUUUGCAGGAGACAAAGAAGACGCCAAUAAAUAUGGCUGAAGAGAGGAACACGAAGGCAGAGGAAGGGAACAAGAAAGAUGAUGCUGAUGAACCUGAGGGUUCGAAAGGAAAAGACCAUAUUUGUCAACAAAAUAGUUAGAAGAUUCGGAAAAGUUACAAUAUAUGAUGAUGAUCUUAAAACUAGAAGCUAAGUUUGUUUCGGUCUACAUGUCGUUUGUUGCCUUCUGUGAAUCCCUUUUGUCUUUGUGAAUUGGUAUCUGUAUUUCCUCUGUUUAUAAUCCAAAAAUAAUACAGGAAAUUAAAAUAAUGGGUUUUCAUAAA